AGACAAAAACUAUAUCCUCAGGUUAGCGAUAACUCGGUCCGAGUCGACUCGGUCCGACAAGCGAUUUUCGUGACUCCGUCGUCACCACGCCUAUGUUAAGUGAGUAAAUCCGACUCUUCUCCGUAGAGAUUUCUCCUACUUUCAGGCUCUCUUGUGAAUUUGGAAGACAUGAGCUUUGUUUUCCGGGGAAGUAGAGGAGAUUUAGAAAGCGGAUUCUCGGGUGGUUUUCUACCCGAAAGACGAGCUAUGCGUGUUCAUGGAGCUCGACCAGUUAAUUCUAAUUCCCUCGCUUUUCUGGUUACAGUUCUUUUGCUGUUUAUGAUUCUCAAUUCGCAUCAGAUGCCUCCUAAUUUCCUGCUGUGGCUUGUGCUUGGGGUGUUUUUGAUGGCAACGACGCUUAGGAUGUAUGCUACUUGCCAACAACUUCAAGCUCAUGCUCAGGCUCAGGCUGCAGCAGCAAGUGGCCUCUUUAGCCAUACUGAGCUGAGGUUGCAUGUGCCUCCUUCCAUUGCUCUUGCUACGAGAGGGCGUCUUCAGGGACUUAGGCUCCAGCUGGCUCUUCUUGAUCGGGAAUUUGAUGACUUAGAUUAUGAAACUUUAAGAGCACUUGAUUCUGAUAAUGUUUCCACAACUUCUAUGAGCGAGGAAGAGAUAAAUGCACUUCCAGUUCACAAGUACAAGGUGUUGGAUCCUGAAAAUGGUUGCUCUUUGGCAAAGCAAGCGUCAACCUCAUCCUCAGCUGAGAAGAUGCUAGAUUCUGCCAAUGAAAGUAAAAAAGGAACAGAAGAUGAGCUCACAUGUAGUGUUUGCCUAGAACAAGUUACCGUAGGGGAAAUCGUUCGCACCUUACCUUGUUUGCAUCAGUUUCAUGCAGGAUGUAUCGAUCCAUGGUUGAGACAGCAAGGAACAUGUCCUGUCUGUAAAUUUAGAGCUCAUUCAGGAUGGCAAGAACAAGAUGAGAUUGAUGAUGAUGCUUCCGACAUGGUUUGAAAAGUUUGGUUUCGAACACUUGUUUAUGUUAUUAAUGUGCGUGCGAAUUAAACCCCAAACAAAUCAUGUAAUGGUCAAUAACUCAAUAUGAUGUAACUGAUGACUCUCCCUUUCCAAAAGUUUGAUUUAGAUUCAUCAUGAAAUAGUAGUGACAGGUCUUUUGCAUUCGACUUA